GCAACAUGAAUAGGAGUUGUUAAUCCCACAUAUUUCAUUGCUCUGUUUUUGAAGUAGGAGCAACUACUCCCUGGAAACAAAGAAAUUGGCAACAAAGCAAAACCAACAACUCCCCUUUCUAGCCCUUUGAACACCACUUAUCAAUUCACCAUCCUAUAUAUGCUACCACCCUUUCCCCCUCAAUUCUCAUCAACACAGAAGCAAAGUCAGAACCUUUCUCCUACAGCCUGCAAAUACAUCAAAGCUCUUCUCAUUCCAGUUCUUAACACUCUUUCCACCACCCGAAAUCCCAGCCAUGUCGACGAAAGAAGCAGCCACCACCAUCGAUGUCCCUGAAUCGAGCUCAGUGCCCAAGGGGAAAGCCUCGAUCGUCGCAGCAGCCAAGCAUGGAGGCAAAACAGGGGGCUACCACAGAGGCGUCGCGAUCUUCGACUUCCUCCUCAGGCUCGCUGCUCUCGUAUCCGCCCUGGCUGCAGCUGCCACAAUGGGAACCAGUGACGAAACCCUGCCUUUCUUCACUCAGUUCUUCCAGUUCCAAGCCAGCUACGACGACCUCCCUACAUUCCAGUUCUUUGUGAUUGCAAUGGGGAUCGUUGGAGGCUACCUUGUGCUUUCCCUGCCAUUCUCAAUUGUCUGCAUCGUUCGCCCGCAAGCUGCUGCUCCACGCUUCCUUCUCCUCGUUCUCGACAUUGUGGCGCUGACUCUGAACACGGCGGCGUCGGCAGCAGCGGCGGCCAUCGUGUACUUGGCGCACAACGGCAACAGCAACACCAACUGGCUGGCGAUAUGUCAGCAGUUCGGUGAUUUCUGCCAGAAGGUGAGUGGCGCAGUGGUGGCCGGGUUUGUGGCCGUGCUUAUGUUCGUGGUGCUGGUUAUUCUCUCCGCUGUUGCUCUCCGGAGGCACUGAAAGACUAGAAGAGUUUGGUACGGCGAGAGACAAUGAAUCCAUCAGAGCUUUUCGUGUCCAGCUACUGAAAAGGCUGUGAUGUGUGUUUUUCUAAUGUUGUUUGUUUAUUACUGUAUACCUGUAUGGGGAAAGAAUUGCGGUUGUGUAUGAGUGAGUGAUGAUUCUGUUUCUGUGUAUGUUUCUCUAUAAAAGUGGUCUUUUCUUCUGUAAUUUUUGCAUCUCUCUGUUCCUUAUUUCUACAACUUCAAUUCUUCACGAUAUAAAUGUGAACAUACAAU